AGCUCAACUCUUUUGUUGGCUUCCUUUCAAUUCAUUAAACCUGCCAAAACCAAUCAUCUCUCAAAUAUUCAUAGUCACAGGAGAAGUGCCAAAUUAUCAUCUCAGCUCUGGUUCGUCGUUUUAAAUAACGUAUGCUUGAGAUAACAAGACUUUAGUUAUUUAUGAGCAUGUGGUCAAAACACACCCCUCAUACGCUCGGUAGAUUACUGUUGCAUGGCAUUGUGUCACAACACAGGAAAAACCAUGCGUGGGGGGAUGUUCGAAACCUGAGAUGCUGUGACUAGACCACUGGCUGCAGGUGAGAAUCACUCAAGCGAUUUGCAUCUGUGAAUAAGCUUGACAAAGAAAGGAUACUGAAAGGCAAAAUUGUUCACUUAGGAUUGAGGAAGCAAGGCAGGAGGUGUUUCUGAGAUUGAAUUAUGAUUUAUUAAUCAAGCCUGAACAAGUGACAGACCAAAAAUGACCAAUACCAGCGAUCAAACAGGGCUCACCAGCUCCAGUCUAGCAGAAAGCAACAGGCUCUUAGAGACCAUUAAAGCAUUUGUCCACUUUGGAGCUUUCAUUGUCACUGGUCUCUUCGCCUGCCUCAUCAUAGCAACAGUGCGGCACAACCAGGAGCUGCGUCAGAACCCUCGUUACGUCCUGUUGUGUCAGCACUGCGUCUGUGUGUCCGGCUUCAACAUCAUGGGCGCAGCCGUGCACAGUCUUCGCAGUCUGCGUUGGCCGAUUUUUCGAAUCACCUGCUGGAUCCUCUUCGACCUGCAGGUGGUGAUGGCACGAGGUUUGAUGAUCACCCUCACGCUGAUGUCCGUCAGCACCUGUCUGUCUAUUUGCAUGCCACUCCGUUACCCCAUUCUGGUCCAGCGCUUCCACCGCUGGGUCAUGCUGGUGGCUUGCAUUCUAGCCCUGCUCAACCCCAUAGUUUUUACCAUCCUAGCCUGUGUGCGUUCUCCAUGGGAUCAUGUGGUUGGGCUGGACACCGAGUGCUCUACGGCUUUGGAAGGUACAGCUUGCAUUGCCAGUGCUUUAGCGUUGCUGUUAUUGCUGGUGCUGCUCAUCAUUGGAAGCUACGUGGCGAUUUAUCUGGAAGGUAGACGUGCUGGCCAUUUCACGCGAUCCAACAGUAAAGGCCGUCACACCAUUCUCAUCCACAGCCUGCAGAUAAGCCUGCACCUCCUGCCCUCCGUCAUCAUCAUCUCCCGGCAUCAGGAGACGCUCCCUGUGGCAUUGGCAAUUUUUGUCAUCUUCAGUUUUGCGCAGUCACUGAGCCCUGUGGUGUUCGGCCUGCGCUGCAAAGAGCUCUACAAGGAGAUGCUACAUUUCCUGCCAUGGUUCUGGGGAACUUGUAGUGGCUGUGGGCACGUUGGCAGCAUGGAUACCAUCAGCACUGGGACAAUAACCAGUGCAGAGACCGCAGCCAGUAUAGAGACUAACACCUCUGCCAGCAUGGCCACCAUCACCCCAUCUGCCAUUAUCACAGAAUGUGAGGGUGAGAAAGAGAGGUCAGACUUCAUAGAGUUAACUGUGUAAGUUAGAAACAAGCUGGACAAGGUGAAAAGUCUCUACAGUGUUAAAAGGUAAUUGGCAUUUUAAAAUCCUAGAGACAGUGGCACCUCAAUUUAAAAACACAGAGGGAGGUCGAGAGAAGAAAUGAAACUGAGUUUGUCUGGUUUUGUUUCUUUUUUUAAUCCCAGAUAGAGAAUAAAAAAUUAAACAUCAAAAGUUUGAGGUCAGUAAUAAUUUAUUCAGCAAGGAUGCAUUAAAUUGAUCAAAAGUGACAGUAAAGACUUUUACAUUGUUACAAAACAAAUGCUGUUCUUUCUAUUCAACUUUCUAUUCAUCAAAUAAUACUGAAAAAAGUGUAUCACGGUUUUCACAAAAAUAUUAAGCAGCACAACUGUUUUCAACAUUGAUAAUAAAUUGAUAAUGAAUGAUUUCUGAAGGAUCAUGUGAAAAAAAAAAACAUCAGCUUUGCCAUCACAGGAAUAAGUUACAUUUUAAAAUAUAUUCAAAUAGAACACAGUUAUUUUAAAUUGUAAUAAUAUUUCAUGAUAUUAUUAAUGUGUUUACUAGUUUUUAUUAAACAAUUGUAGCCUUGGUGAGCAUAAUUGACUUCUUUCAAUACAUGUUUACACUAUGUUUAUAUGAAGGUUUUUUCAUAUAAAACCUUCAAAUUUAGGUGGUUUGUGAGAAAUUUGAUGUAUUUUGUCCAUAAUAUGUCAUUUUGAGACUUAUCUGUCUAAAUAUGUUUUUUCACUGAUUUCACUGUAAGUUUGCAGUCUUUAUAAUGUCAUUUGCACAUCUGAGGAAUAAAUGACACAUCUGACUCACAUUUCUGCUAGAUCACACUACAUGCAAAUAGGUGUGAAACUGGUAGUUGUUAAACUUUUCACCAGAUGAUGUGUCCUCACUUGAAUUUCUGUAGAACAAGUCACGCUAAGGAUUAAACGAUUACAUUUGCAUAUAAUUGUUUUGCACAAUUGUGUUUGAAUGGGACGCUGCUAAGCUAGUAUGUAUUUAAGCCUUAAAGACUAGAGUUUGAUUCUCUAUCUCUGUGUUCAAAUAAUAUAUACAUUCUAGAAAUUUUCAUUCUAAUUACUUUAUUCUUUUGAAAGAAGUUAUUCUCUGGUAUACCAUGCAGGCCUCAUCAAGUUUGGGUAACAUUUAUAAGACAAUAAGUUACCAUUGUUAGUUUGUUAUUCAUAAUAUAUAAACAGAUGUUAAGGUUUAAUAUAAAAAAUAAUAAUAAUAACUGUAAAUAAUAAACUAAUAAUGCAUGCUGUAUAAGUAAGUUUGUUGAUUAAAGCCUUAUUGUAAAGUAUUGAUGCAUGUUUUGAUUGUUUUAUUUAGUGUAUUCUGGAAAGGGAUUUAGUAUAAGAUUAGUAUAUAUUUAGAUUAGUAUAAGUGAUAUCAUUUAAUUUAAUUAUUUUGUCAUAUGAAGUAGUCUACCCAUUAAUGUUUCCUUUCUGCAUGUUUUUUCUUCUGUUGUUUAUUCCUGAAAAGAGUACGCAUUAAAUGGGUGGUUCAGUGGUUUUUUUCUUGGCUUGAUUGUGCUUAUGGGGCGCAGUUUAACAUGUCUUAAUGCUUCGUUUUCAAAAAAAAAAAAAAAAAAAUAGCAACAUAAUACAUUUAAAAGACAUGUACAAACAAAAAAAAACGUACUUACAGUUAGGGGCCCAUAAACAGCAGCUUCUGCUUUUAAAGUGGAAACUGUUUAAUCUCUCAGUAUGUUAAUAGUCUUUGUGCA